AUGCAACAGAAGUUAUGCACACGCAGUACUUCCCUGUUUGUGGAAAAUGGUAAGGCAUGUGGUGCAGGGGCACCCCUCCAGCUCCCCUUCCGAUGCCCCCGGUGUGGGGAACAAAAACGCUUCAACAGCUUGGCCUCACUGAGAGCACACCUGGAGUACAGCCACACCUACCACACUAGACUUGACCUCAGCCUCCCAAACACAAGAGGGCACUCUCACAUUGAUAUCACUCUGCCAGGAGAACAAAGUGCUCAUGACACAGGGUUGGACAAAAGUGCUGAUGGUAAGAAUCAAACAACAAGAGAUGCAGGCACAGACACAAACACUACAGAGAAAGGUGAAGGCAAGCUUAAAUCAAGUAUCAGUGCUGACCCUGACCCCUGUCCAGCCCAACCACCAGAUCCAAGCCCAGGCCAGAGUGGUCUGUCUCCACAGAGUAACUGUCGUGGUGUGGAGGUCAGGGCAGGUGUAGGGCCAUGCUGUGCUCCAGUGACUAUGGUAGGGCAGAGGCUGGAGGGGAUGCUUCGAGUAGCAGAUAGCAGCAUGGAGCGGCGUCUGCUUAGGCUGAGCUCUGAGCUUGCCCAGACGGACACAGCGCUCCUGUGUGAACGUGCUCACUCCCACCACCUGGCUCGGGAGAAGCAGGAGAUGUUGGAGCGUGAACAAGCCCUGAGCAAGCAGGUGGACUCGGCUGUUAUGGUGAUUGCCACGCUGCGACAACAGCUCAGCAUGUCAGAACAUGAGCUCGAGAGGAAGGAACAGGAGGUUAUUUCCAUCCAGAAUUUUCUGGAAGUUGCAGCCCAGCAUGAGAUGUGCGGGAAGGUUCGUUUACGGCACUUUAUAGAGAACCUCCUUAGGCGCAUCGCCUUGGCUGAGAGGCUCCUGGAAUAUUAUCGUACUGCUCCCCAUAGGCAACAUUGUCCAGCACAUCCUGUCUCACCUCCAGCUGACCAUGGCUCCCAUAGAAUAACCAAAAGCAGGUAA